AUAAAGACUAGACCCUAGCUGUCAAAUUAUGUCAACAAUGAUAGACUAACAUAAAUUUUGAAAACAGUAUAAUUAACAAUGAAUGAAGGAUUGAGCAAUAUAUUUGGUUAUAAACCAAACGAUAACGAAGAUUAUUAUGGUAUCUUGGGCUGUGAUGAGUUGUCAUCCAAAGAACAGAUAUCUGCAGAAUACAAGGCUCGAGUUCUUCACUGCCAUCCUGACAAACAUCCGGAUGAUCCAGAUAAAGCUUUAGAGUUUGAGAGAAUACAGACAGCAAAGGAUGUUUUAUGUGAUGAUGAGAAAAGAUCUGUGUAUGACAAAUGGCGUCAUUCUGGUAUAUCAAUGCCAUUCCAGCAGUGGUGCAAUCUAAGAGGGGCUGUCCAUACUUCAAUGCACUGGAUGACCCCAAAGAAAGAGAGUAUGAUACAGGAUACAGAGGACUCUAACAAUAGGAUGAAUCAGACGGACAGACACCCAGGCGAACAUAGUAACACCUCCCAGUCAGCCCAUAUAUCUAGUCAAUUUAGUAGUAGAAAUACAGGGGCAAGAGAGCAGUAUGAAAAGAAAGUGCCAUGGAAGAGGGAAGAGCCUUCAGAAAUGUUGCGAAAAUUUAGAAAUUAUGAGAUCUAACUAAAAAAAGAAUAACAAAUUUGUCACUUGUUAUUUUAUAAAUGUCAAUAUUGUGUUAAGAAGACUAAAUGUCAAAGCUAAAGAAAAGCGUUGCUUUUCAUUGAACUGAUUAUAUGAGAUCUAACUAAAACAUUUUUCAGAUAUUAUCAUAAAUGAACCGAUGUAACCAUAUUUAUUAAAAUUUGUUGGUUGUUUUUUACAUCUGCUUGUAAAAAGUGUGUUGAAAGUACUUAAGAUGUGUUUAUAUACAGGGGGAUCACUCUUUGCAUAAUAUUUGCACAAUCUUUGUUCAGAUACAAUAUUUAAAAUGUUAUUUAAUUAAUGCAUGGCAGGCAUUCUAUGUCAUUGCAUAAUGGAAGUUUGUGUUUUGUACUGUUGGUUGGACUGUAUCACAAUGGAGGUGGUCUUUGAAAGUUUGAAUUGGAUAUGCUUCACAUUUCAUACUUACAAUUGUACUAAUGAGUGAAAUUUUUGUUGUAUGUUGCAUUUACACUCAAAGCAUUCCAUGUACAAACUGAGUUUGUUCUUUUAGCCAAAAGUGUCAUAAAAAAGAAUGUGUAAACAAUUCUUUUUUAUUCAUUUUAACUAUUUGAUUUUGAAAAUAAAAUGAAACUUUCCUCAAUAGAAACUUAAAAAUUAUGUGAAUAGGGGGCACAUAGAUUGUUCCUCAAUGUCUUAUUUAUACACAUUAGUAUAUAAAGAUGUGAUUCUAACUGAAUUUUGAGUAUAUUUUUAGUCUUUUAACAUGAUAUCACUUUUUUUUCAUGGAAAUUUUUCCAAAUAUCACUCUUGUAUCAUAAGUCCCACUUUGAGAAAAAUUGAAGCUACUUCAAAGGCCAAAGGUAAAUGUCUUUGAGACCUGUAUUAACAAGAGAUAAAACUGGUUUAUUACAGCAAAUUGCAUUUUCUUAAAGUUUUAUUCUGAAAACAAUAUUAACAGGCAAUCAGGCCACAGGAACCUGUAUCAUCAUUUUUCUGGGGGUUUUUUAUUUGCCAUUUUCUUUCGCUGUUUUUAUUUGCUUUUUUUCAAAUAUAUUUAUUUAAGGCUGUUUUCAAAUGAUACAUGAUAUUUAUACAGUAAUUCAUUGCUUUGAAUCUCCGUAUUGAGUUUGCUAUUUUGUCAUUUUAAAGGUAUCUUAUUAAGUAUCAAGCUAGCUUGUUGUGUGUUGGUGGUCUUUCCAUGGUUGCUGUUAAUGCCAGAAACCAUAUGGAUGCCAUGCAGCUGUUUUCUGUCUCCUCCAUUAAAAGCUAGAAAAUUGGUCCUGAUCUCUGACAGUCUUUUUUAAUAGGUGCCUACAUAUAUGUACCGGAAGUAGUUCACAGUGAGGCCCUUGUACAAUUAUAUCUUCAUUUAGAUAACUGAAAAGGUGGGGUAUGACCAUAACAUGAUAAUACAGUAAACUCCCGUUUUAAAGGUAUUCAGGGGACCGUCAAAUUAAUAACGUUAUAUCCCAGUAUUGUUAUAUAGAGAGACAACCAAUUUGAAAACAGGAUUUGGGACCGCAUAUAGGGUUAUAUCGUUAUGCUUUUUAUAUAAGUUAGUCAGUGUGAUAUAUGUAUAUAUUAUGAAAUAUUAUUUUGGUAUACAGAAUUAUUUAAUUGUAAUUUGGUUUGAUAAUCUUAAAUUAAUUAAAGAGGUUUUAUUCUUUUUAAUAUAUUUAUUGGUGAAAGAAUAUUUUGUCAAACAUGCAUUUAAAAUGUUCUUUGUAAUGUUUAUUUGGAAAUUGUUUAUUUUGAAUAUGUUGUUCAUGACUGUUGUAAUAAAAUUAAG